CGCUGCAGCCGGAGCGGGGCCGGGCUCCGCCGCCUCCUUCCGCCGCCCCGCCGCCGGCCAUGCAUUCUUCCGGCUCCUCCGGCUCCCGCAGCCCGGGCCGGGGCCCGGCCAGCCCGAGGCAGCCGCGAGGGGACUAGGGCGCCCGCGCCGCGCCUCGGCCGCCGCCGCGUCCAUGACCGCGACCCCUCGGCCGGGGACACCCGCCGCCGCGCAGCACCGCGCCCCGGGACGCCGGCCCCCAGCCCUGCUCGCCCCCGCGCCCCACCGCCCGCCGUCCGCACCCGCCGAGACAGGACGGACUCCAGUGUGAGAAUGGCUGUGACUUUGGAAGAAGCUCCAUGGCUGGGCUGGAUCUUGGUAAAAGCCCUGAUGAGAUUUGCCUUCAUGGUCGCCAACAACCUGGUUGCUAUUUCAUCCUACAUCUGCUAUGUGAUUAUACUUCAGCCCCUUCGAGUGCUGGACAGUAAGCGGUUCUGGCAUAUUGAAGGAAUCAUGUAUAAGUGGCUUUUAGGAAUGGUGGCUUCUUGGGGAUGGUAUGCUGGAUAUACAGUGAUGGAAUGGGGAGAAGAUAUUAAAGCAAUUUCAAAAGAUGAAGCAGUAAUGUUGGUGAAUCAUCAGGCAACAGGAGAUGUGUGUACUCUGAUGAUGUGCCUCCAGGACAAAGGACUGGUUGUUGCCCAAAUGAUGUGGUUGAUGGAUCAUAUUUUUAAGUACACAAACUUUGGAAUUGUUUCUCUAAUUCAUGGGGACUUCUUUAUAAGACAAGGAAAAUCUCAUCGUGACCAACAGCUUCUUUUUCUCAAGAAGCACCUGGAAAAUAAUUACAGGAGCAGAGAUCGAAAAUGGAUUGUUUUGUUUCCAGAAGGGGGCUUCCUCAGGAAGAGGCGAGAAAUGAGUCAGACGUUUGCCAAGAAAAAUAACUUGCCGUUUCUUACACAUGUCACUCUGCCAAGGGUUGGGGCAACAAAAAUUAUUUUGAGUGCGCUUGUAGCGCGACAGGAAAAUGGAAGUCCAGCAGGAGGAGAUAUUAAAGAAUUAGAAAGCAAAUCAAAAGGCCUCCAGUGGAUAAUAGAUACAACCAUAGCUUAUCCCAAAGCUGAACCCAUAGAUAUUCAAACCUGGAUCCUUGGAUACAGGAAACCAACGGUCACACAUGUAUAUUACAGGAUUUUUCCAGUUAAAGAUGUACCCCUGGAGACUGCUGACCUUACCGAUUGGCUCUAUCAACGUUUUAUUGAAAAAGAAGACCUCUUGUCGCAUUUUUAUGAAACAGGGUCUUUUCCACCUCUCAAGGGCCAUAAGGAAAUUGUUUCCAGAGAGAUGACCCUCAGCAACAUGUGGAUAUUUCUCAUACAGUCUUUUGCAUUUUUAUCAGGCUAUAUGUGGUACAACAUCAUUCAGUAUUUUUACCAUUGCCUGUUUUAGGAAUUGACUUGGACUUGUCAAGGUCACCAUAGGAGUUCAGACUUUCAUAAGUGUGCAUUAUUUUAGACGUGCAAAUCAGAAUAUAAAAAAAAGCAAAGGAAAUUCAAUGGAUGGAUUAAUAUUUAUCCCCUUUGGGAUAUUUUAAAACUCUACUAAAAUGAGGAUCAGGAUCAGUAGUAUAAUGACCUGCUAAUAUAUUUUAAGGACUUUUCAUGUUUUAAAAAGAUCCGCUCUACCACGCAUUUAUGCAAACAUCACAUUUGGAGAAGAGGAAAUCAUAAAUUCAUCCUAGAAGACUCUCUGAGAGAAAUUCUGUUGCCACCAGGUAUCCUUGAUAAUCUAGCUCAAGCUCAGAAAGUUGUCUUCGUUCCUCUUAGCUAGUAGUCUCUAUUAGGGCAGGGCUGACGAGCGCCCUCAUUUCCACCGACUCCUGCUGUGUUACUAGUAACCUUGAGGGCAGCUGGUUGGCACCUUCAGAAGGACUGUUUCCCCGAGGCUUGCAGUGACACUCCAGUCCUCAACAGCUAGGUGAGGUUCAGUGUCAGGCAUGCUCUUGGGGGAAGGCAGUGUCCACCGGACGCAUCUCAGUACUAGAAUGUGUUCUUUAAAAAGGCUAGCUCAGUCCCACACCGUGUUUACAUGCGCGAGUGCUUUCCCUUGCGGGAGGGGUCACUUGAUUUUUCUUUUGGUAUAGAAAACAUAUCAUAGACUGAUAAUUGUCUUUUACAAAAUGCACUUUUAUCAGAUGUGUAUAUUACAAAGGAUUAGUAAUAUAGCCUGAAAACAAAUGUAAGUGUGAUCAGUGAGUGGGAUUCUCGAGAGGCUGUCCUGUCUCUGCGUGUGUGUCUGCACUGAUGCUGUCCAGCCCCACCCCGCACUGGGCGCCACACCGACCUGAGGCCUCCAUCUGGAGCUCAGAGGCUUGUUUUUUUUCCAUUUUGGCAUAUUAGCACCAAAUGUAUUUGGGGAUGGUUGAAACAAAUUAAUGUAAAACAUUUAAAUGAUCAAUUUAAGGCAAAACAGGCUUAGGAAAAUAAGAGCCAGAGCCAGAGCCGGACACUGACUUAAAACGGUGACAGGUUCCCACAGGGCACCCCCGGAACCUGUGUUCCAGUAUCACAUAAAGGAGCUGCCCGUGUGAAGGUGGCGUAACCAGGAGAUAGACCAGCAAGAAAAGGCUUCCCAGUCUCUUCCAGUUGCUUCUGAAGAGGAUAAAGUCAAGUUUCUAUUUCUAGAAAACAUUUUUUGUUUUUGUUUUUGUCACCACGUUCCUGUGGUUUACCUCAUAGGAGAACCAAACUCUUCUCAAAAUGCUGGCACUGCCUCAGUCCGUCACCUGCACUCUUGAGGCUGAGACAGAGUAUGUUUUUGUUUGAGAUUGGAAGACUAUUAAGAUCCUGGUAAGUCAGUGGUAGUUUUCUGUGAUAUGAGCAUUGUCGAUUCCCCUGUUGCCGCUAAUCAUACAAAUGCAAAUGACGGUUUUGAGAAGUAGGCCAGAAAAUAAAAAUAAAGGCUAAUGUUUUCAUUUUUAAAUAAACCAAAAAAACUAAAAAGAUGUGAGUUUUCUCCCAGUUAUGUGGGAAAGGUAAAGCAACACCAAAUAAAAGCCCACAGCAGCUUCAUCUUUAGGCUAGCUCAGUGCUAUGUGGAAAAGAAUGAUGCGUUAGCUGAAAUACCUCAUUGCAAGUUAUAGAGUGCAGGUUAAAGGCAGAGGACACUGUUAAUGUGUUUGGUUUUGUAAUGGUUGUUAUAAGGUGCAAUUUUUUCUGAAACCUAAGCAUUUCGUUAUGUAUUUUAUGGUGACAGUGAGUCGGUGAAACCGAUCUCAGUUUAGAGGUAUGGAUGAUGAUAGGAGGCCAAAUAGAAGCUUAAAGAUGCUUCUGUUUGAGGCCCAGCAGACACUGCUGGAUUACAGGAUGAAUUGAAAUUGUUCAUUUGAGAGAUUAUUCAGCCAUCUGGGGGAUAAGUUGUUCACUGUCAGGUAUGGUGUGCACAGUCCUAGCUAACAGACCUUUUCCUCAUUGCUGAAGCAAGCCAGAGGUAGAGUGGCCAGUUCUCCUAUCAAAAAGAAGAGAAAUGUAUACAUGCAUACAUAAAUGUAGUUUAGGGCCGCUUUCACCAUCACUGUGCUCCAAAGGAACAUAUGUUGUUUAAUAUACCAUACACGUGAGACAAACUAUUCUGUAAGAUGCUUUACUUUUCAAGCGCAGAGGCAUUUCAACAGUCUCUAGAGUGACAAAUACCAAUAGAUGUGAGUUAAUUUUUGAAAAUUGAUCUGUGAGUUGUAAAUAGAUGUGUAUUUGAUCUGCCCUAUCCCUCUUUGAUUCUUUAUCAACAUGUUCUCUCUCUUCUGUUUGCAAAAUACCUUUGUUUGAGAGCAUUGACAGUGCUUUCUUUAUCGGUAACUGGAGUUCUCCUGCCUGCACUAGGAAAUGUCAAGAGAGAAUCAGUGUUCUUAUAUGGCAAUCAGGGAAGCAGCAAUGUGCCACUGUACAGAACUGAAUAAAAAUUCCUAAUUUGUACUUUCUUUGCAAAGUGAGAUGAAAGGAGUUUUAAAGAAUAUUUUGUCAAGGGGAAAGAAAAUAAAACUGUGCCAGUUUUAUACCGGUAGCUUGUGGAAUCUCAGCACUUCUUGGUCUCAGCUGAUCUGCCUAGAUUCCCACAGCAGAGAGGGUUGAGAGGUCCCUGCUUGACCCUGGUGUCAGCGAGUCACAGUGAUGGAGCAUCUGCUUGGCCAUGGGUAGGUGCAGCGACUACAGAAGUGACCACCCCAGCAGUUCACUCUUAACUUCAGAAACUGUUAUUGGUGUCAAAAUAUACAGAUAUUGUGGAGAAGCCUCUAUGCCAAUGGAAGGUAAAGAAAGAAAAAUGACAGAAUGGAAAAUGAUGUUUUGGGUGGGCAAACAAAUUAGUUGACUCUAAAUAGUAGAUUUUUUAAAAAAAACUAUAGCUGUAAGUUCAGAGCUGUCAUAUUAUUAAGAGUUUUUAAUAUUACAACCAACCCUUAAUUUUCUGCAGUAAAGGAACUAGAGAUUACUGGAUAAUUAAUCCAGUAAUAAGUCAUAGUAAGCCAAAAAUCUAAUUGUAUUUAGGAAUUUGAAUUUUUAUUCUCAUCAAACGUUUUUUCUUCUUCUAGGGAUGCUUACUAAUUAAAAAAAAUGAUUUGAGUUGUUUAUUAGUUUCUCUUGCCUAUAUAUAUUUAUGACUGUGUUAACGAGUAGUGAAAAGCUUUGGAAAGACAGGCAGCUUCAGGAAGAGGAAACACAGAAGCCUAAAUGAUCCAUGGGCUUAUUUAAAAAGGAAUAAACCAUGAAUAAUCCAGAGUUGGUGGUAUUGCAGUUGUUCUCAAGCCUUUUUGUGAAAAGAAAACGUUAAAUCACCAAAUGCAAACCUCAGAACGUCACUAUAGUGUUGAUACCGUUUGGACUGAUGUUAAGAAGGCCUCUCCAUUCUUUUCUCAUGUCACUCACUUUGCGUGGAUUUGUCUAGUAACGUUCUUUUGACAAUCACUUCCCUAAAGACUCUUCGGAACUAGUGGGACCUGGUUAUCAUCAUAGAAAGUAGUCUUUAAUCAUGGAUAGUCUUAUCAGAUUCUUUUUCUAUUUAAGAAAAUUGUAUUUGCACUGCUGAGUAGGAAGAGUUAGUUCUUUUCUUAAUGACGUAGGACUUCACUCCAGAGUUACCAUUACAAGCAUGUCAGCUCUGGUCCAUGAAGGAUGGAUGAAAAUGGCUCAUCUUAUUUUUUGCCACGUAGUGCUGUGAACCUUACAUCUGUUCACAUGCAAGGCAAGGUCAGAAGCAGCACUGUGUGUGCUGGUUCGUUUUAUGAGGGAGUAGAUAGAGGCUAACAUGUUUGGGACCAAAACUACCUAAAGUGGACAUUUCUAGAUCACAGUGGGGCCGAGUGUUCUCUGGAGCAGUAGCAGUGACUACUGGUUGGUGCUCUAUUGUAAUCAUUUUGCAUUGAUCCCCAACAAUUAGGAACUGGACCCUGGGAAUAAGCUGAGGGUGCUGAACUGUUGGGGGAGGGUGACUCUAGCCAUAUGGAAGAUAAAAUAUGGUUUUUUUCUGCAAAAUUCCCAUUUGAGGAUUUUUACAUUUAAUAUUUUUUUAAAACAGUUGAAAGAGCAAAAAAAAUUUCUAAGUGUAUUCUAGUUGCAAAGUAUGCACACGUAUUUUGAAUGGCUUUAUUUUUAUUGUGUAAAACUGUUGAACACAUGACUGUGAUGCACAAAUUCUUUACAUGUAAGGAGUCUAUGCAUUUUACAGUAACUAGUGUCACGGUUGGGUAAUGAACCAGUUAUACGUGGAACUGCCAUUGUCGUAUUAAGUGCUUUCGUUUUCUUUACAGUUAUUACAAAGUUGUAUUUAUUUUAUGCAGAUGGAUUUUCGUUUUCCUGAUGCCAUAAUGUUUAUUCAGCUUGUUGGCCUGUCUUUCUUUCUCUGUGUAUCUGCAUGUUGUAAUGUAUGAUGAGAAUGAAUGUAAAGGCUGUGGCAACUGUCAUUAAUUUUUGUAAAGGGCUGGUCACAUGUGGAUCUGGUUUAUGAAUGCAUUUGGGAUUAUUUUAGUAACCAGAUCACCUUUUCAGAAAUCUAGAUGUGAACACCAAAAGGAGCAUUUUCUCGACAAAAAUUAAUAGCUGGUUCUAUUUUUUUUUAACCUAGAAAAAAAUAAAGUUGAUUUUUUUCAAGUAAA